CUGAUCCUCAAGCACCGCUCUGUGCCAUUUAAUUUCCCCCAGGUAACACUGUCUUCUUCCUCUUGCUCCAGCUGGGACCCCGCCCCCAAUCCUGUAUCCUGCCUGCAGUAAGAAGCUUCCUGUUGCCAGGUUGCCAAGGUUCCUACCCUUGCCUCACUGCCGGCAGUCAACAUGCAGGAAACCUCAACAACACCGUCUGACCCUUCGUCUCGCAGCCAAUCUACUUUCAACAUCCCCCGCCAGGUCUCUACUUUGGGUAGUACCAGUCCAGGACCCAUGAAGACUAGCACCAGCCCUGCCCCAAGUCAGCUGAAGACCAAGACCACAAAUGUCCGUCGCAUGCGCAGGAUCAUCUCCGAGGACCCGGAGUGGUCACUGGCCAUUGUACCUCUCCUUACAGAGCUCUGCAUUCAACAUAUUGUCAAGAACUUCCAGAACAACCCCAUCCUGAAGCAGCUGCUCCCAGAGCACCAAAAGAAGGUCUUGAGCAGCCUGCCCCCUGAGCUGCCUUUGUCGGUGACGGCUAACUUGAUUGAGGAUGAGAAUUAUUGGCACCGCUGCUGCAUCAAGCGCUGGUCCGUGUGCCACGUGUCCAAGCACGGCGACAGCUGGAAGCGUAUGUUCUUUGAAAGACACCUGGAGAACCUGCUGAAGCUCUUCAUUCCAGGGACCACAGACCCCAACGUGAUUCUGGACCUGGUACCCCUCUGCAGGAACUACGUGCGCCGCAUCCACGUGGACCAGUUCCUCCCACCUGUGCGGAUGCCGACCCCGCCUCAGGGAGAGGAACAGUCGGACUCUGGCAGUGAGGGCGACGGGAACGAGACUGAGAAGAACCACUACCAGCUGCAGGCUCUGGUGGGUGGCCUCAAGUACCUGGAGGAGCUGGACCUGGUGUAUGGCGUCAAAGACUGCGGCAUGAAUUUUGAGUGGAACCUCUUUCUCUUCACCUACCGAGACUGCCACUCUCUAGCAGCCACCAUCAAAGCUUGUCACACUCUCAAGAUCUUCAGACUGACCCGAAGUAAGGUGGACGACGAUAAGGCACGCAUCCUAAUCCGUAGCCUGCUGGACCACCCAGCCCUUGAGGAGCUGGACUUAUCCCACAACCUCAUUGGAGACCGCGGUGCACGCGCGGCAGCCAAGCUGCUGAAUCACAGUCGCCUGAGAGUGCUCAACCUGGCCAACAAUCAACUGCGGGCGUCCGGUGCACAGUCACUGGCUCACGCCCUGGCGCACAACACCAACCUCGUCUCCCUCAACCUCCGCCUCAACUGCAUCGAGGACGAGGGUGGCCAAGCAAUCGCCCACGCCCUGGAGACCAACAAGUGCCUCACCGUGCUGAACCUUGGCGGCAAUGAGCUGUCUGAGCCCACAGCCACGCUCCUCUCCCAAGUGCUCCCAGUCAACACCACGCUCAUCAGCCUCAACCUAUCCUGCAACCACAUUGGGCAGGACGGUGGGAAGCAGAUCCUGGAAGGCAUGUCAGACAACAAGACCAUUCUGGAGUUGGACCUGCGACUGUCAGAUGUAGCCCAGGAGAGCGAGUACCUCAUUGGCCAGGUUCUACAUAACAAUCGAGAGGCUGCUCGCCAGCGGACCCUGGGUCCUGGCCACCUCACCUUACCCACUAACAACUAUAGUGAGAAUUCCGUAGGCUAAGACAGGGAUAGAACAGUGAGCUGAUGGGUCACCCUGGCAACCACACCUUCAUUUCACACCCUUAAUAUGCCUGCCCCUGGUUCCGAAGAAUCGAGAAAGGGAACCAUGAGUCUCCUUGGAAGGGGUGGCCAGAUUUGGAUACAUGAAGAUGCUGAGAUACAGAAGGGGCAUGCCUAAGGAUGAAAUGGUGGUGGCCUAACUCCCACACCUGGAAGAUGGCCACUACUAGACCCAUACCAGGAACGGGGACAACAAAGGACUAUGAGACAACCAUCCCUGCUCAAACUCUUCAUGAGCCCCAUCUACCUCUUGACCCACCCUACCCCUCUCCCUUUCUACCAAGCAGAUAGUUGAGUCCUGAUCUCAGUCUCUACACACACCUCGCACACACGCACACACGCCCGUGAGCGCACACAGAGCAAAGCUAUGCCUGUCUCCCUCUGCCCUUCCACCCUCCCAGAGACACUACCGUCAGGCUCCUGGCUUAGUCCACUUGUACAGAUCGCACCCUCACUAACCCUCAAGCUGGGAAUGGAGAGCAUGGGGAGCAAGUGUCACUCUGAGGGAGCAGACCGGUGAGUCAUCCACACUUUUAUUAUCCAUCAGUGUGAUUUGUACAAUCUUUGCGCUUGGAAUUCCAUGACAAAAAGGCCACAGUGUGAUGCACCCAAUUUGACAGAGACCUGUCUUCUCCCCAGCCAGGCCUAGCCCACCCCACAAGCCCUUCUCCUCAGGACAUACAGUCUUCCAGGUACCCUCUCCAUGAGUCCCUUCCACACCAUGACUGCCCACCCUGGGGCUACACCCAUAGGAAUUACGGACUAUGGAUUCACGAGAGGAUCUGACUGACUAACUCAAACUCUUAUCUCCCAACUCUCCUGAGCUGAGUGGCCCAGAGCCCAUCUUCUACCUCAAAGAUGGGUGACUGCAGCUACAAUCCAGGAGGGCCUGCACUCCAGGGACUCUUUGCAACAAGCAGGAGCUGAGCAGAGCACCAGAGAGGGCUUGGGAGUGACUAUGUGUGUGCCUGUCUGGGCAACCUAGAAUCCUCUGUGCCUGACACCCUCUGACAGUUCCAGAGUGCAAACAUGUAGGUGUGAGGGUGUGUGUGUCUAUAUAUUUGUGUGUGUGUGUGUGUGUGUGUGUGUGUGUGUGUGUAGCCACAGCUGCUAGCAGAGGUUCUAAUUAGAGAAACAAGAACAUUCAGUGUAAAGUUUAAUUUUAGAGAUUAAUUAAUUUUCUGGUUUUCAUUUUCCCUGGCAAUCAAUA